AUGGCUCAUAACGCAGCAAUAUCAGAAACAAAGUUCGCGGAACGAAAGCAACUCUGUAGAUGGAAAAAAUCACUGUUCGAGCCCCAAACGCUGUGUCUCCACUUCUACAGCGCUUAUCCGAACAACGUCGAGAACAAUCGGACUAGCUCCAAUACCGCCAAUGGAGCUGUUUUGACUGCUUACACGUCGACGCAGGAGCGUUCUCUGAUGGCUCUUGCGCUUUCACAUCUUCCUCCCGCAACAGCCUCAAGUAGCCUUAUGAUCCAAGUUCCUAACGUCACACCUGCUGGUGAGACUUAUACAGUGCCUCCUACUCUGCCAAAUUUUGCUACUGUCCUUCCGAUUCUCCCGGAAAAUAUUGUGGUCUUGGCUUCUGCUACUUCUGAAGAAACAGUGCACUUGAGUCAGUCAUUAUACCAACUUUCUGCUUCUCAUGUCAUUCACGUCUUCAACCAUUUUAGCUCGUCUGGCGACUGGACUCCACUAACCCACCAACUAUCCACUCUCACCGUACCACACCUUCGCAGACUCAGAUGUAUAUUUCUCAAUAAGACUCCUUCAAGGAGUUUUGUCGCCACCCUUAUUCCCGAGGUCGAAGAUCUGGUACCUGCUAUAAUGAAGAAGCCGAGGCCUUUUACCACACCUAGCACGAUGCUUCCGAACCUCCCCGUACUUGUCGAACGCGCUCUUUCCAUGAGCUGGGCCCUCUACAAUGAGACGAUCCUGAAGACCCAUUCAGAUCUCAAGUAUGCUAAACCCCGUUCCACAAUUUUCCUUGUCAGUACAUGCUCAGCAGAAGAGUUAUUCUCAAAUCUCCCGGGCCAGGUUACCACGCUUAUCGUAGAGAGGGAACUUCGUCCCUUCAUAAUCAACGUCCCAGAUGUCACGGACAACUUGACAAGCGCCAUUGGUCAAGUCCAGGAUGUCAUCUCAAACGUUGUUUCUUAUCUGGCUUUUAUGAAGAUGUACUUCGGCGCAGCCCCUACAGAGGAGAAUGUGUCCACGUUUGCAGCCGGAUCCUACGGUGAGACCGUUGAAGGUGACGCAUUGGAACAGGCGCUUUUUAUCAAAGCACCCGCAGAAAAGAAACCUGUUGAACUGAAGGAAUUUGAAUCCAAUCCGAUUACAGUGAAACACCAUGAAAGUGAUACCGUAGUCAAUGCAGCUCGUUUGGGCACAUGGCACGAUGCGGCUAAACAUUUGCUCUUCCCACCCAUCUUCGCUGCUCCCACUAAGUCUACAGACGAAGAGUUCCCGCAGUACCCUUCGCUGCGUCUUGAAUUUCCUGAGCGUACUUUCCUUGUCACGUGCAUCGUCAACCGUUGUUGA